AUGGCGAUGAAAUACAUGGGUGCCUACCUCAUGGCUGUGCUUGGUGGCAAGGAGCUCCUGGAUCCUGACAGCCCCUCCGCCCAAGACAUCAAGACCAUCCUGGAGGCCGGAGGCAUCAGCUACGAAGACGACCUCAUCAACAAGCUUUGCGAGCGCAUGGAGGGAAAGGAGGCCCAUGAGCUGAUCAAAGAGGGCUAUGGAAAGUUUGCUGCCUGCGGCGGUGGUGGUGGUGGCGGCGGUGGCGGAGCAGCCGCACCAGCUGCAGGUGGCGGCGGAGGGGCUGCUCCGGCGGCUGAGGAGAAGAAGAAGGUCGAGGAGGAAGAGGAGGAGGAAGAGAUGGACUUCGACCUCUUCGGCUGA